GAGUAUAACGAUCAAAUAUGUAAUACUAUUGAAGUUACAUUAUUUUGAAACUCAGUGAUUUUUAAAGAUCAAGUUCCCUGCUGCAGUUUCCGGUAAUGCCUCUCUGGCCACGCCCCCUCUUUUCACUUCCUGUAAACAAAGCAGCAGCUGUGUGUCAGUCAGCUUCUUGCGCUUUUGCUCAUUUUCUACACCAACUUCAUCGUUUUUCCUACGAUGGCUCAAGCCGGACUGGUGCUGGACAAGGACCAGUUCAACUGCUCGGUAUGUCUGGACGUGUUGAGGGACCCCGUGACCAUCCCCUGCGGCCACAGCUACUGCUCGGACUGCAUCCAGAACUACUGGGACCAGGACGACUACCUCGGGAUCUUCGUGUGCCCGCAGUGCCGGCACAACUUCAACCCGAGGCCGGUGCUCAACAGGAACACCAUGCUGGCUGACGUGGUGGAGAAAUUCAAAAAGACGGGACUUCAAGAAGCCGCGACGACGACGCUCGCGAGUCAAAGUUUCGCCGAGGCCGACGACGUGGAGUGCGACGUGUGCGCUGGAAGGAAAAACAAAGCCGUGAAGUCCUGUCUCGUGUGUCUGGCCUCCUACUGCGACGUGCACCUCCAGCCCCACUACGACUCUGCUGCCUUCAUGAAACACAAGCUGGUGUCGGCCUCCAAAAAGCUCAGAGAGACGAUAUGUGGCCGACACGACAAGCUGCUGGAGGUGUACUGCCGCACCGACAAGCAGUGCAUCUGUUACCUGUGUCUGACAGACGAACACAAAGGACACGACACGGUGCUGGCUGAGGCCGAGAUGCAACAGAAGCAGGGGCAGCUUGGUGACAUGAAGCAGAGCUCUCAUCUGAGAAUUCAUCAAAGGGAAAAGGGAGCCCAGGAGAUCAGACGAGCCAUUUUCUCUCUCUCUCGUUCUGCUCGGGUGGCUGCUGCGGAGAGCGACGCAGUCUUCACCGAACUGAUUCGGUCGAUUGAGCUGAAGCGCUUCGAGGUGAGAGAGCUGAUCAACGCCCAGGAGAAGACGGCCGUCAGUCACGCCGAGCAGCUGCUGGAGAAGAUCCAGAAGGAGAUUGCCGAGCUGAAGAAGAACGAGGCCGAGUUGGACAAACUGUCCCACACUGAAGACCACGUCCGUUUCCUUCAGAGUUGUCAGUCUCUCCACGCUCCACCUGUGCUGUCAGCUUUGCCUUCGGUCACUGUUGACCCCAACCUCACCUUUGGCCCAGUGAUGACAGCUGUGGCCGAUUUUAAAGGACUGCUGCAGGAGGUCUGUCAUGGAGGAUUUGUCAGCAUCUACGAGAAAGUGAGAGACAUAGUGAUUGUAGGUCCCCCAAAUCCUGAUGUACAGCUGGACACAACGCAGCCCAGUGAUGGUGAAUCAGCAGUACAGAUGGAAGCAACACUAAUGAUCCCUCCAGCUGGUCUAGACCAAAGUCCCGUGAACCCUCUACUUGGCCUAGACCAAAGUCCCGUGAACCCUCUCAACCCCUUUCUCACUCCUGGACCCACUUUUUCCUUCUCACCAUUUGGCACCAAACUCUCUUCAGGAUCCAGACAGAGACACCUUCAGCGACGCUCUCACCCGAGGAGGAAAUAGACUCGUAGUGGACAUCAAAAUCAACAUUUCACACGCAGCUGCAUGGACUGAAUGUCAUUAUACCUCAGUGUUCUUCUCGCACUGUACUGACUGAUUUGUAUUUUUAAUAAUUCAUCCUUUGUUAUUAAUUUAGUUGCUGUGUUUGCACCAAUCAGCUAUACAUGCAUCUCGCAUUGUAGUGUAGAUGGGAAAGAGUAAUUAGAGCCACAGCAUAUCAUAUAGACAAUGCAUUUACUUUAAAGUAUUAAGCAGCAUGAAGCAGGCCUGACGCACUACAUCUUAUUUCAGUAUUUGAAAGGAAAUUGCCUUGACGCUCAGUCAGAUUUUACUUUUUUUAAAUAUGGUUAUGCUUUUUAUAAUGUUUUAACUAAAACUACAAACAAUAAUUUUGCUUUACAGACAUGUGUAGUAAGAUAUUGGGAUUUCUGAAUUGCUGACAUUAAAAAAAACACGUACAGACUGAA